AUGGCGCAUCACCCAAUCAUCCGACGCAGGGUCUCGGAGAAUAAACUCCAGGAGGAGCUCGAUCGUCUCGUCAAGUUUCGUCGAACUUUUCGCUACAUCGCCAUAGAUACGGAGUUCACGGGCGUCGUCAAUUCCGCUCCUUCCGAUGCUUCCGAGGAAGGUCUAUAUAGCAUCGUCAAAGAAAGCGUCGACAAUAUGAAGCUGAUACAGCUCGGAAUCACCUUGUUCGACUAUAACGGCAAUACUCCGGGCUUGUGCUGGGAGUUCAACUUCUCCGAUAUCUCGCCUCUUCCGUCGAAUGUCUCCAUCGACUUGUUGCGCCGAAGCGGCCACGAUUUCGAACGAAACGUGCGAGAGGGGAUCAGUGGCGACAUGUGCGGCAAUCUUCUACGCCAAAAUCUCUUCAACGGAGACGACGAGUCCGUUUACGUCACCUUCCAUGGCCUGUACGAUUUUGCCUACGUGAUCAAGCUGAUUACCGGAGGAGCGCCGUUGCCUGAUAACUUGGGACAGUUUAUAGCUUCGGUGAGGAAAACGUUUGGCCAUUUCUACGAUCUCAAGUACAUAGGAGAGCAAUUAAGCAGCAGAACUUUUGGUUUAAUGAGCCUUGCAAGAGAACUAGGAGUAGAAGCAUAUGGGAUCCAUCAUCAAGCAGCACACGAUAGUGUAACGAUUGGCAGAGAGUUCAUCGAGAUGGAGCGGAUGUGUCACAUCGAAGGGGACGAAAGGUUCGUCUCCGUCCUCUAUGGCUUCAGUAACAGUUGCAUGGACCGCGACGGGGAGAAUGCGAAUGCUAACUAUGGUCACCACCGGUUCCAAGCUCCUCGCGCUUACUAUGGUCACCACGGGUACCAAGCGCCUCAUGCUUACUAUGGUCACCACAGGCACCAACCUCUUCGGGCUUACUAUGGUCACCACCGGUACCAAGCUCCUCGUGCUAUUCCUCCAACGAUGCUUGCAUUGCAACCUCAUGCCGGCCUCCCGUUUCGAGUUCAUGAUGGUGGUUUCCCGGUGCUUCCAUUUCAAGCUUAUGGGGUGCCCAACUUAUUGCCGUUGCAUCAAGCUCAUGGGGUUCCGAGUUCAUCGGAGUCCCAACAUCAGCAAAGCACCCUUUCAUGCCACAUCAAUGGAUUACGUUUCCGGGAUCGGGUACGUGAAAGUUAG